AGACGCUUCUAAUUUUCUUCACAAAGUUGAAAAAUCUUUAAUAGGAAAUGACUAUUAUAUACUAUAUACUUGUUAGCAAUAUUUCUUCUGGAGUUGUAUAUCUUAUCUGUUAGAGGACAAUAUAUUUCAUCUUAAUACUAUUUAAAUAACAGAAGCCGCAACUUUAAACAAACGAUUAAACAAAAUGACAACCCCUCAAUUUUAUUGUCAAUACUGCACAGCGUCUCUUCUUGGAAAGAAGUAUGUACUAAAGGACAACAAUCCAUACUGUGUUUCCUGCUUUGAGCGUAUCUUUAGUAACUGCUGUGAAGAGUGCAGAGAGUCAAUUGAACCAAACUCCAAGGAUCUUUGCUACAAAGGCCGACACUGGCAUGAAAGCUGUUUCAAUUGUGCCAAGUGCAAUCACUCUUUGGUGGAAAAGCCUUUUGCUGCCAAGGAUGAGCGCCUGCUGUGUUCAGAGUGUUAUUCUAAUGAGUGCUCCUCCAAGUGCUUCCAUUGCAAGAAGACCAUCAUGCCUGGUUCACGGAAAAUGGAAUUUAAGGGAAACUACUGGCAUGAAACCUGCUUUGUGUGUGAGCAUUGCCGUCAACCAAUAGGAACUAAACCUUUGAUUUCCAAGGAGACUGGCAAUUAUUGUGUACCAUGUUUUGAAAAGGAGUUUGCUCACUACUGCAGUUUCUGUAAGAAGGUGAUAACUUCAGGUGGAAUAACAUUCCGAGGCCAGCCAUGGCAUAAGGAAUGUUUUUUGUGCAGUGGAUGUAGAAAGGAGCUCUGUGAAGAAGAGUUUAUGUCUAGAGAUGAUUUUCCAUUCUGCCUCGAGUGCUACAACUAUCUUUAUGCCAAAAAGUGUGCAGCCUGCACCAAACCUAUUACUGGUCUCAGAGGUGCCAAGUUUAUUUGCUUUCAAGACCGACAGUGGCACAGUGAAUGCUUUAACUGUGGAAAGUGUGCUGUCUCCUUAGUGGGUGAUGGCUUCCUGACCCAGAAGAAGGAAAUCUUCUGUCGCAAAUGUGGUUCUGGGAUGAACAAUGAUAUCUAA